UAAAAUAUUUAGUCAAAAUGCAAAAAAAGCGAUCAGUAUAUAAUAUAUGGUCUGCGAAAGAACUUCAGUUCGAAUCUUGUCAAGAUGUGACACGUUUCGUGAGAAGAUUUAUCGAUUCCGCAAUUACUGCCGCGAUUAAAAUUGCUGCUGUCAUGGUUCGUGAUUAUCAAUCCUCGCUCAAUAACUCUAGAACAAAAUGGCCUACAUGUGGACAAAUCAACGUGCGAAACGGUCUACGAUGUGUGAAAGAAGAGAUGCUCAGAUGGAACCAAUUACCGGCUUUGCGAAACUGGAUGUUUCAUGUAGACUUUAUCGGUCUUAAUAGAGAAGGAACCGCCGAAUUUUAUUUGUAUCACGUUCUUUGGAGUAUUCCUACACCAGCAUAUCCGGAGCCAUAUGUGACUGUCAGUGUGUUCUUCUGCAUCGCAGCAAGUCGCGUGCAGCCACCGCACUUUCCAGUUGACGUGACAUAUGUCUUUGAAGGACAUCAAUUUGUGCAUCGGUUGGAUAUAAUCUUUAGACCAAAAUGGCUCUAUGAUAUUCUUGAUAUAAAAACCAUGUUAUUUAAAACUUUCACAUUUUGA